AUGGUGCUAACUGAAUUAGGAACACAACUGACGAGUGCACUUCAAAAACUACAAGCAUCUACUGCAGCAGAUGAUACUGCUAUUGAAGAAUGCUUAAAAGAAGUGAUAAGAGCUCUUAUUCUUGCCGAUAUAAAUAUUAGUUACUUGAAAGACAUAAAAAGUAAUAUAAAAAAAAAUAUUGAGAAAAAUAUAGAUUUAUAUGGAAAUAAUAAAAAGCGAUUAGUACAUCAAUAUGUAGUUGAAGAAUUAAUUAAUUUACUGGAAGGAAAAAAAGAAUCCUAUAUUCCAAAGAAAGGAGGUAGGAAUGUAAUUUUAUUUGUUGGACUACAAGGUAGUGGAAAAACAACUACUUGUACAAAAUUUGCUCAUUAUUAUCAAAAAAAAGGAUUUAAAAGUGCAUUAGUAUGUGCAGAUACAUUCAGAGCUGGGGCAUUCGAUCAGCUGAAACAAAAUGCUGCAAAGGUAAAAAUUCCAUUUUAUGGAAGUUACUCAGAAGUAGAUCCUGUUAAAAUUGCAAGUGAUGGUGUAAACGCAUUUUUAAAAGAAAAAUAUGAUUUAAUUAUUGUCGAUAGUUCAGGUAGACAUAAACAGGAAAAUGAGUUAUUUGAAGAAAUGAAACAAGUUGAAAAUUCAAUUAAACCAGAAGAUAUUGUUUUUGUUAUUGAUAGCCAUAUUGGACAGAGUUGUCAUGAUCAAGCAAUGGCUUUUAAAAAUUCAGUUACCUUAGGUAGCAUAAUUAUUACGAAGAUAGAUGGACAUGCAAAAGGAGGAGGUGCAUUAUCAGCAGUGGCAUCUACUGGGUGUCCGAUAACUUUUAUUGGUACAGGUGAACAUAUUAACGAUUUUGAAAAAUUUGAAGCAAAAUCUUUCGUUUCUAGAUUAUUAGGGUUAGGAGAUAUUAAUGGCCUUGUAUCUACCCUAAAGGAAGUUAUAGAUAUUGAAAAACAGCCACAAUUAAUUAAUAGAUUAUCCAAGGGAAAAUUCGUAUUGAGAGAUAUGUAUGAUCAAUUCCAAAACGUUUUUAAAAUGGGGAGCUUAAGUAAGGUGAUGUCAAUGAUACCUGGCUUUGGGAAUAAUAUAAUUAGUAAGGGCACAGAAAAAGAAGGAAUUGAAAAAAUAAAAAAAUUUAUGGUUAUAAUGGAUUCUAUGACAAAUGAAGAAUUAGAUUGUAUAAAACCUCUUAAUGAUAGUAGAUGCUUACGAAUUUGUAAAGGAUCAGGUACAAGGCUUCAAGACAUAAGAGAACUACUAGAACAGUUUAAAUUUUUAAAAAAUAUGGUAUCCAAAAUGGGAAAAUUAGGCUUAAGGGAAAAUAAUUUUGGUUCUUUAAUGCGAAAUCAAAAACAGAUUCUAAGUAAAAUGAACAACUUUAUGGAUCCAAAUAUGUUGGGGCAUAUGGGUGGCCCAAAUAAUAUGGUUAACUUUUUGAAGGAAUUUACGAAAAUGGAAGAUUUUGGUGGUUCAAUGUCUAACAUGAUGAAGCAAAUGGGGCUCAAGAAGUGA